AUGAAGCCGGUUAUCGCGGUUCCAGCCAUAGCGGCACUUGUCUACCGGGCCUGGUCGCGCAAAUCGCUCACGCCUGUGGGCAUCCUCGUGGCUUUGAUUACCGCUGUGGUGCAUGCGAUACAUCCGUGGAGUGUGUGCUUUGCGCUUCUGGCCGUCUUCUUCCUUGCUGGAAGUUCCGCAACUAAGGUCAAGCAUGACAUCAAAGCGAAACUCACGCAAUCCGCCGACGGUGCCGCGGGCGGUGAAGGCCCCCGGAAUCACAUUCAGGUCCUCGCGAACUCACUCACGGCAUCUAUAUUGAUUCUAUUGCACGCGUGGCAGUUGAAGAAAGAGGGCAUAUACGCAAAGGACGACUUAUGCUGGCGGCGCGGAAGCGAUGUGCUUGUCGUAGGCAUUGUAGCCAACUAUGCAGCUACGUGCGCCGACACACUAUCCUCAGAACUCGGCAUCCUCUCACGAUCGAAACCCCGCCUCGUCACAGCACCCUGGCGCAUCGUUCCUCCGGGCACAAACGGCGGAGUGUCUUUAGCUGGAUUGAGCGCUGGUCUGCUCGGUGGAUUCAUCAUCGCGAUCACAUCUACUCUCCUAAUACCUUUCUGUGACAAUUGGAGCUUUGGGGACAAGAUCAAAUAUACGCAGUCUAUCGCUCUUGCCGGCUUGGGUGGAUCAAUUUUGGAUUCUUUUCUCGGUGCCGUCUUCCAAGCCAGUGUAGUCGACAUUCAUUCUGGUAAGGUCGUUGAAGGUGCGGGCGGUAGAAAAGUUCUUGUGCACGGGCAUCCGAUGCACUUCAAGCCUGCAGCAGAGUUUCGGAGCCAGGCGGGCCGUGGAGAGGGCAAAGACGGUAUCGCAAAGACUUCCGCCAUCGACCUAAGCUUGGACGAUUCAGUCAAGGUAUCGAGGACUAUGCAACAGGCUGGUGCUAGUGGGACUGCUGUUGGAGAUGCUCAGCAUGAGAGCCGUAAGAUUGCCGUUGGGUACGACAUCCUGGACAACAAUGCUGUGAACCUGCUCAUGGCAGCUCUGUCUCUCCGCUUCGUCCCCCAGAAGGCGCAUCCCACGUCCACCUCCUUCGAGACCUCCGCGCCCUCCGCCCCUGGUGUGCACGAUACUCUCCGUUCGCGCCUCGCCCAGACCUCCACACCCGCCACCGCAUCAUCAUCGAACAAGCCUGUCGAACUACAAUCCGCACACCCACUUGAAGCCCGACUCGUGCAAUGGCGUGAGACCCAGGAUAAGCUGAAGAUGGAGAUGCUGAGGCGCCAGUUCGGGAUCGCGGAACCCAUCCGGAGAGGCAUGGAGCUUAAGACCGUCAGGGAGGGCGAGUGGAAGCCGGCUGUGCUUGGAGGCACCGCUGGGGUGCACAGGGAUAUUUUGGAGGGGCGGGACUGUGAGGUCGGGUGGGAGGACGUCUUCACUGGUAACGAGCUCCGCGAAGUGCCCGACUUCCACACUGAGAUGGAGGCGAAGAUGAAGAUGAACUGGUAG